AUGGUGCGGCAGUCCAACGGUCGUAGCCUUAUUUGUGGCACUCACGCAUACUCACCAAAGUGCCGAGAAUACGCUUAUUCAAAUGAUGAUCGAAUAUUACAACAAAAACGUCAGUUUGAUGGGCAGGCAAUCGCACCAUAUGAUCCGAGGCAUAACUCGACUGCGGUCUACAUUGCUGAUGGGAAUGAAAUAUAUACAGGAACUGUGUCAGAUUUUGCUGGUAAUGACCCACUGAUCUAUCGUAAAAGGCUAUCAGAUGGUGAAGGAUUGAGAACGCAACGAGACGACUUAAAAGUUUUGGAUUCUCCAAACUUCGUGGCAUCAUUCGUUUAUGGUGAACAUGUUUAUUUUUGGUACCGUGAAUGGGCUGCUGAAGUAACUGAUGGCGAUCGACAGGCCGAUCGUGGUGGUGGCCGUCCAGCACAUGAACGUUGGACAUCUUUUGUAAAAGCCCGAUUAAAUUGCUCCAUUCCAGCGAACACCCCAUUUUAUUUCAAUGAGCUGCAAGCUGUCACUGAACCCGUGGCUUCAGUAGAUGGUUCCUCUUAUGUUUACGCUGUUUUUUCAACUCCUGAAAGUAAUGUUCAAAUGUCGGCUCUGUGUGCUUUUCGAAUGGAAACUAUUAAACGAAUUUUUGAUUAUGGACAUUUUAAAAUUCAGAAAACCGCUCAAAGUCUUUGGUUGCCUUAUCAGUCACAUGAAAAUAUGCUCAUUCCAAGGCCUGGAUCAUGCGUUGCUAAUUCUUCGAAAUUAUCAAAAAAUAUAGUGUCAUUUAUCGUGCGUAAUCCUCUGAUGCAUGAAGCAGUACCUGCUGUACGUUCCAGACCGAUUCUCGUUCAAAGUCCGGGUCGAGCUGCUUUCACACAAAUCGCCGUAUUACCUAAUGUUCAGUCAGUUAAAAAAGGAGUUACACAUACUGCUUUGUUUAUUGGUACUUCUGAUGGACGAGUUUUGAAAUUAUACGAUCCCGACGAUGGUCCUAGUAUUAUAGUUCAGUCAGUGAAAGUUUUCGCCAAAAAUGUACCUAUUAUUAAUUUGAUGGCUAAUAAUGAACAGUUAUUCGUUGUGAGCUCCAAGGAAGUAGCAGCAUUGCCUUUGGAAUACUGCUCAGAACAACGAAAUUGUGCAGGUUGCGUGCAUCUGCAGGAUGCACACUGUGCAUGGGAUCUUGACUCUGCACGCUGUGUAGGUAGAAAUAGCUGGUCAGAUGAAAAUUUUGUUCAGAAUGUAAUUCUUGGACGAUCAGAACAGUGUCCUGAGGGUGCGGUAGACCCAGAAUACUACGCCAUUGAUGAAUUACAUUCAGAACGGGUCACUUCACCAGACGAGAUUAAGAGCAAUUUCGGUAUGGAGAGGCUUGUAAUAGCUGUCUUAAUUACUAUGGCUGUUGCAUCAGCAGGAGGUUUCUUAGCAGGAUACCGGCUGUCAAGAUGGAGGUUUAUUCAGGGAAGUCAGCACCAUUCAUCGACUUCUUCUACAGGCAGUUAUGAUUCUUAUGGGCGUAUUCGACUUGCACGUCACGAUUCCUUAGUCGGUAGUAAGUUGGAUCAUGUUUAUAGCGCAGGACUCGGAAAGGACACAAUCUCCUUGGUUUCCGGUGUGCCUCAGAAUGGUAUACCUUUUUUAAGCCCUCCUAGCAACUUAAAUUCUGGUUUUGCGACUCCUAAACUUUCACAUGAAAAAAAUUUCGUUACUUGCUUAAAUAAUAGUACAUUACCUAGGGAUUAUAAAGUUAAAAAAGUUUACUUAUAG